ACUAUUCCUUUCAAGCCAUUACCUUGCUUAUUUUAUUGGAGAAAUAAAUCCGAUUUUUUUUAAGACUUUCGUUAAAAAUGGAAAAUAAAGAAAAGAAGCAAAAGCCCUCUAAACGCCAUUCCCAAAUUCCACUCAUCAUUCCCAAGAACUCGGUGAUCAACAGCUAUGCCGUCAGUCGCCUCUGUUCGGAACCUGCUCUGGUCAGGAUCGAGGUUAAGGAAUUGAUUGGAAGUGGAUCCUUUGGCCGGGUAUACCGGGCUCAUCUCAAUGAGUCCGAGGAGCUGGUGGCCGUUAAGCAAACCCUCUAUAAUCCGAAGCUGACCCAGCGCGAAGCAGAGAUAAUGGGUCAGCUAAUGGAGCACAACAACAUUGUCCGGCUCAUCAUGCACUCCUCCGUGAGCUUGGGCUAUCCGUCAGUGGAGUACGUUUUGCUGGUUAUGGAGUACAUGCCUAUGACUUUGCGGGACUAUAUCAACUAUCACCUACCGCUGCUAAAGCACGCAGAGCGCGUAAUCAAUGUCCGCAUACUCUCGUAUCAGAUGUUCAGGGGAUUGGGAUAUCUUCAUCUACUGGGCAUUUCCCAUCGGGACAUCAAGCCCGGGAAUCUGCUGAUAGACAACCAGACGAUGGUGCUAAAGCUAAGUGAUUUUGGCAGCGCCAAACAACUGGUGCCCCAGGAGCCCAGUACAAGCUACAUUUGCUCCAGGCUAUAUCGUGCUCCCGAGCUUUUUGCCGGACACGAACUUUAUUCGUGUGCCGUGGACAUCUGGAGUGCUGGCUGCGUCCUGGCGGAGCUGUUCAAGGGAUAUCCGCUCUUCUUCAGCCACGAACACGACCGAAAGCAGCUGCGACUCAUCGUUAAUACGCUGGGCACCAAUGGCUUGGAACGAGCUCCAGAAAUACUCUCGAAGUGUGGCAAUUCACUGCACCCACGGACUACUCGUCCCAGUUGGAAUUAUCUCCUGAAUGCGGCUGUUCCGCAGGAUCUGUGCGGUCUCCUGAACGUAUGUUUCAUCUAUGAAGCCGCCGCUAGAAUCUCACCCAUGAUGGCAUGUGGUCAUAGUUCCUACGAUGAACUGCGCAUUAUGGACUCCCUGGGGCUGCCCAUGCCCAAUGGCAAUCCGCUGCCGCCUCUGUUCAACUUCAACAGCCAGGAGAUGGGUACAGAUCCAAAGCUUUGGGUCCAGAUAUUACCGAUCCAUUUGGCUUCAAUGGAGGACAAGUACUCGGUCGUAGAAGCCUUUGAAGAUGUCUAGAAUAUUUUCAAAAUAAGCUAUGUCAGGGAUUUUUCAGGAUGUUCAAAUAUCUAAAUGUCCUCUUGUUACUAAGUGUGUGUAAGUGUCCUGCCCUGGAAAGGACAAAAAAAUAAAUAAUAA